AUGCUAAAAUCAAUUUUUGACUUUGGUUAAACGACAUCUACAUUCUGGCGUUCAUGUGACAAGGGAUUACUUGAUUCAUAGAAUGAGUUACUAGAGCAUGAAUUCUUUGUUGGCUCAAAGGACAGGCUGAUUAAAAAAAAGUUUCUUGUUAUGAGUCAGGACUCAAUUUUUCAAGUUACUUUAGCAAAUCUGAAGCGAGCACCAUUACUGACAAUGCAUGUUUAAUUCAUUGAAGCUUCUUUAGACAACUUCGUUUAACUUAACUCUGAUGAAUAAUUACUUGGGUUUCACCUUUCUUAUUAAGGAAAGAGUCUAGAAAUAUUCACAUCUGACAAAGAGAAUUAUGAGAUUUGGAAGUCUCAUUUCAAGAGAUUUGCCAUCUUAACCAACUUUCAUGAAGCCUAUUCUGUAUACAAAAUAAUUGGGAAAGGCAACUUCGCCAAAGUAUACUAAGCAACCAAAAAGGAAAACAACACUUAGUAUGCAGUAAAAGCUUUCAGCAAAGAAUAUAUGUUAUAACAAUCUAAAGGUGUAGAGAGUCUCCUAAAUGAAAUAAAAUUAAUGAGGAAACUAAACCAUCCGAGCAUAGUGAAAUUAUAUGAAGUACAUGAAACCACCAAUUCAGUCUAUUUUAUACUAGAUAUGAUAUAGGGGGGAGAACUAUUAACAAAAGUGAGAGAGAUAGGCUUUUUACCAGCAGAAACGAUGUAAAAGCUCGCAUUCAAUUUGAUAAGUGCUUUAAAUCAUAUGCACGAAAAUCGUAUAAUUCAUAGAGAUUUGAAACCAGAAAAUCUUUUGUUAAAAUCAACAGAAAAUAACCAUGAAAUCAUUUUAGCAGAUUUUGGAUUGGCUACAUGUUUGGAUGACAAACCUUUAUUUAAAAGAUGUGGUACUCCUGGGUUUGUUGCUCCUGAAAUCUUAGAUUAUAACGAUGGCUAAGAAUUUUAUACUGAUAAAUGUGAUGUUUUUAGUGUCGGAAUCAUUUUAUAUUUUUUAAUUACUGGAAAUACACCAUUUUUUGGAAACGAUCAAAAAUCUAUUCUUAAGAAUAAUAGACUAUGUGAAAUCAAUUUUAAAGAACAUCAUUUCAAAUUGGCUCCUAUCUAAAUGCAGGAUCUAAUUCAAUCUAUGCUCUUAAAAAGAGUUUCUUAUAGAUUAAGUUCGCAAGAAUGUAUGAGACAUCCUUAUUUCAAAUAAUUAAUCAAAGAACACCAAGUAUAAAAUGAUAAAAAUCUAAACCAAUUUUUGGGAUAUCAAGACUUUAAGAAUGCUAUUAAAGUUGGCACCCAAGAACUACUAGAACAGCGAUCACCUGUAAACUUCAAUUCUUCCGAUUCUAUUUCUUCAAAUAUUUCUUAAAAUAAACAGGAAUAAAGAAAAUCUUCACUUGUAGGAGCUUCUAAAUUUAGUUAAUAUACUGCUAAACUGUCUAAAUAGAAUUCAGGAGAGAUUAAUGAUAUCCCACCAAAAUAAGAACAGAAAAAACCGCAGGACCUUCAUAGGUUGGCUUUGACCAAUAGUUAAUUAAAAUAGAUAGCUCAUAAUCAAUUUGAAUAUGUUGAAGAUCCAACUGCUGAAGAGAGCAAUGUCGGGCUCAUGGUUCGACACUAUAAUUCAACUAGAUAAAUCAGAGUACCCGAUUAUACACUAAAAAUUAAGGGAUGUACAACUCCUACAGUAUUAAAAUUGUUUUGA